AUGGAGGAGCAGCAAAGCCAUGGGUGGAGCCUGUGCCUGGAUGACCCGCCUGCCAAGGACAUCAUUGACUUCCCAUCAGUGCUGCCUGGGGUCCUCUAUGAUGUGAGCCACCAGUGCAGCCUCCAGUACGGGGCCUACUCUGCCUUCUGCGAGGACAUGGAUAAUGUCUGCCACACACUCUGGUGCUCUGUGGGGACCACCUGUCACUCCAAGCUGGAUGCAGCCGUGGACAGCACCCGGUGCGGGGAGAAUAAGUGGUGUCUCAAUGGGGAGUGCGUACCCGUGGGCUUCCAGCCCGAGGCCAUGGAUGGUGGCUAGUCUGGCUGGAGCGCCUGGUCCAUCUGCUCACGGAGCUGUGGCGUGGGCGUACAGAGCGCCGAGCGGCAGUGCACGCAGCCUACGCCCAAAUACAAAGGCAGAUACUGUGUGGGUAAGCGGAAGCGCUUCCGCCUCUGCAACCUGCAGGCCUGCCCCGCUGGCCACCCCUCCUUCCGCCACGUCCAGUGCAGCCACUUUGACGCUAUGCUCUACAAGGGCCAGCUGCACACAUGGGUGCCCAUGGUCAAUGACGUGAACCCCUGUGAGCUGCACUGCCGGCCCGCGAAUGAGUACUUUGCCGAGAAGCUGCGGGACGCCGUGGUUGAUGGCACCCCCUGCUACCAGGUCCGAGCCAGCCGGGACCUCUGCAUCAACGGCAUCUGUAAGGUAACGUGGGGCUGUGACUUUGAGAUUGACUCUGGCGCUAUGGAGGACCGCUGUGGCGUGUGCCACGGCAACGGCUCCACCUGCCACACCGUGAGUGGGACCUUCGAGGAGGCCGAGGGCCUGGGGUAUGUGGACGUGGGGCUGAUCCCAGCCAGCACACGUGAGGUCCGCAUCCAGGAGGUGGCUGAGGCUGCCAACUUCCUGGCACUGCAGAGCGAGGACCCAGAGAAGUACUUCCUCAAUGGUGGCUGGACCAUCCAGUAGAACGGGGACUACCAGGUGGCAGGGACCACCGUCACAUACGCACGCAGGGGCAACUGGGAGAACCUCACGUCCCCGGGUCCCACCAAGGAGCCUGUCUGGAUCCAGCUGCUGUUCCAGGAGAGCAACCCUGGGGUGCACUACGAGUACACCAUCCACAGGGAGGCAGGUGGCCACGGCGAGGUCCCGCCGCCCGAGUUCUCCUGGCACUAUGGGCCCUGGACCAAGUGUACAGUCACCUGCGGCAGAGGUGAGAAGUGGGGCAGGCACAGCCCCACCAGCAGGGGCUUCAUCUCUGGACAGGGACACUGGCUUCAGCUCCCAGCUCACUGCUGGGCCACCAUGGGUUUAGAAGUUUGCUUCUCUGAGCCUCAGUUCCCCAUCUGUGAGAUGAGGCUAGCAACCACCCCAUGCCCCAGGCCCACUGGGAGGGUAAAUGGAUCUCCCCCCAUACCCCUCGGUCUGCCCCCAUACCCCUCGGUCUCCCCCCAAUACCGCUCAGUUACCCUCCGGCCCUCCAGUACCCCCGACGCCCCUCAGUCUUCCUCCCCCGGCUCGCAAAUUGGCUGCUUCGCAGGUGGACCACUUAGGAGCGUCUGCAGAGCCAUUGGGAAGGGUGUGGAUGGUGGGACCGUGUGUCAGCGGCCCCUGGACACACUGGGCCCUGAAGGCUCAGGCAGCGGCUCCUCCAGCCACGAGCUCUUCAACGAGGCUGACUUCAUCCCGCGCCACCUGGCCCCACGCCCUUCACCCGCCUCAUCACCCAAGCCAGGCACCAUGGGCAACGCCAUUGAGGAGGAGGCUCCAGAGCUGGACCUGCCGGGGCCCGUGUUUGUGGACGACUUCUACUACGACUACAAUUUCAUCAGCUUCCACGAGGAUCUGUCCUACAGGCCCUCUGAGGAGCCCAAUCUAGAGCUGGCGGGGACAGGGGAUCGGACGCCCCCACCACACAGCCGUCCUGCUGCGCCCUCCACGGGUAGCCCCGUGCCUGCCACAGAGCCUCCUGCAGCCAAGGAGGAAGGGGCAACGGGACCUUGGUCCCCGAGCCCUUGGCCUAGCCAGGCCGGCCGCUCCCCACCCCCACCCUCAGAGCAGACCCCUGGGAACCCUUUGAUCAAUUUCCUGCCUGAGGAAGACGCCCCCAUAGGGGCCCCAGAUCUUGGGCUCCCCAGCCUGCCCUGGCCCAGGGUUUCCACUGAUGGCCUGCAGACGCCUGCCGCCCCUGAGAGCCAAAAUGAUUUCCCAGUUGGCAAGGACAGCCAGAGCCAGCUGCCCUCUCCAUGGCAGGACAGGACCAAUGAGGUUUUCAAUGAUGAGGAACCCGAGGGCUGCGGAGCACCCCACCUGCCCCCGAGACCCAGCCCCACGCUGCCCACUUUGUACCCGGUCAGCAGCACCCACUCCUCUCCUAGUCCUGACGUGGCGGAGCUGUGGACAGGAGGGACAGUAGCCUGGGAGUCAGCUCUGGAGGGUGGCCUGGGGCCUGUGGAUAGUGAACUGUGGCCCACUGUUGGGGUGGCUUCUCUCCCUCCUCCUCCCAUAGCCCCUCUGCCAGAGAUGAAGGGCAAGGACAGUCCCCUGGAGCCGGGGACUCCCACCUUCCCAACCCCAGGACCAGGCUUAUGGGACCUUCAGACUGUGGCAGCAUGGGGGACCUUCCUCCCCACAACCCUGACUGGCCUCGGGCACACGCCUGAGCCUGCCCUGAACCCAGGACCCAAGGGUCAGCCUGAGUCCCUCAGCCCUGAGGUGCCCCUGAGCUCUAGGCUGCUGUCCAUGCCAGCUUGGGACAGCCCUGCCAACAGCCACAGAGUCCCUGAGACCCAGCCGCUGGCUCCCAGCCUGGCUGAAGCGGGGCCCCCCGUGGACCCGUUGGUUGUCAGGAAUGCCAGCUGACAAGUGGGAAACUGCAGCGAGUGCUCCACCACCUGUGGCCUGGGUGCCCUCUGGAGGCCGGUGCGCUGUAGCUCCAGCCGGGAUGAGGACUGCGACCCCGCUGGCUGGCCCCAGCCUGCCCGCCGCUGCCACCUGUGGCCCUGUGCCACCUGGCACUCAGGCAACUGGAGUAAGUGCUCCCACAGCUGUGGCAGAGGUUCCUCAGUGUGGGACAUGCAGCACGUGGACACAUGGGACCUCCGGCCACUGUGGCCCUUCCAUUGUCAGCCUGGACCUGCCAAGCUGCCUGUGCACUGGCCCUGCGGGGCCCAGCCCUGCCUCAGCUGGUACAUGUCUUCCUGGAGGGAGUGCUCCGAGGCCUGUGGCGGUGGUGAGCAGCAGCGUCUGGUGACCUGCCCAGAGCCAGACCUCUGCGAGGAGGCACUGAGACCCAACACCACCCGGCCCUGCAACACCCACCCCUGCACACAGUGGGUGGUGGGGCCCUGGGGCCAGUGCUCAGGCCCCUGUGGUGGUGGCAUCCAGGGUCACACACUGGUCAAGUGUGUCAACACCCAGACGGGGCUACCCGAGGAAGACAGUGACCAGUGUGGCCACGAGGCCUGGCCUGUGAGCUCCCGGCUAUGUGGCACCGAGGAUUGUGAGCCCGUCGAGCCUCCCCGCUGUGAGCGGGACCGCCUGUCCUUCGGGUUCUGGGAGACACUGCGCCUACUGGGCCGCUGCCAGCUGCCCACCGUCCGCACCCAGUGCUGCCGCUCGUGCUCUCCACCCAGCCACGGCGCCCCCUCCCGAGGCCAUCAGCGGGUCACCCGCCACUGACGGUGCCAGGAUGCACAGACCGACCGACAGACCUCAGUGCCCACCACGGGCUGUGGCGGAGCUCCCGCCCCCUACGCCCUAAUGGUGCUAACCCCCUCUCACUACCCAGCGGCAGGCUGGGGAGCUCCUCCCGCUCGAAAAAGGUAUUUUUUUCUUCUAACAGUUUGUGUAACAUUUAUUAUGAUUUUACAUAAAUGAGCAUCUACCAUUCUAAAGCACAGUGUGACUUCGUCUUGGAUUUGGGGAAUCUUAAAAGUGAGAAACUCUUCCCCCGACCCCUCUGCCCAAAACUCCACCGCUG